AUGCCUAACGACGAUGAACCACCUGUCAGCAUGAACAUAGUACCCUGGAGCCUCAUAUCCCACCUAUCUACCCUCCUAGACAGAGAGCAAGAGGACUAUGCUGCCCAACGUAGCAUCGGCUACAUAGCAGCCUCAGCCCGAAUCCAAUGCGCACGCGUGCGCCGACACGUGCUACAGAACUCGGAGAAAGCACCACAACCGACGACAAAAGAUGGCCCACCUGGGAACCCGGAAUGGCCGAAGGAACCCGAAAUGCCCCGAGAGCGACAAUCCAUGCUUAUCCGCUUCAAGAAGCGUAUCCACACGAGAACGAAGUCGGAACCGCAGCCGGGAUGCGCAAAACUACCAAAGAUGCUGGCGUAA